AUGGCUGAAGCCUCCAUCCCAAAGCCAGGGGAAGAAGCAGAAGCCACACCUUGCCCCAGUGUCCUGCAGCUCGAAGAGCUCCUGAGGGCGGGGAGAGCCUCUUGCAGCCGUGUGGACGAAGUCUGGCCCAACCUUUUCAUAGGAGAUGCGGUGACAGCAAAUAACCGCUUUGAGCUGUGGAAGUUGGGGAUCACCCAUGUGCUGAACGCCGCCCAUGGGGGACUCUACUGUCAGGGAGGCCCUGACUUCUAUGGCAGCAGUGUGAGCUACCUGGGGGUACCAGCACACGACCUCCCCGAUUUCAAUAUCAGCACCUACUUCUCCUCAGCAGCUGACUUCAUCCACCGUGCCCUCAACACACCUGGGGCUAAGGUGCUCGUGCACUGUGUGGUGGGUGUGAGCCGCUCCGCCACACUGGUCCUGGCUUACCUCAUGCUGCAUCAGCAGCUCUCCUUACGGCAGGCAGUCCUUGCCGUAAGUCAGCACCGAUGGAUCUUCCCCAACCGCGGCUUCCUCCACCAGCUCCGCCAGCUGGACCAGCAACUGCGGGGUGCAGGCCAGAGCUAAGGAACCAGAGUCAGUCAUUAUCCUCAGUCACAAGGCUCCGCCCCUUUGCCACUCUGGCCCUGGC